UAUCUGUCCUGCCCCCCAGAGCUGCCUGAGAACUGGACAGACACGCGGGAGACUCUGCUCGAGGGGAUGCUCUUCAGCCUCAAGUACCUGGGCAUGACGCUGGUGGAGCAGCCCAAGGGUGAGGAGCUGUCGGCCGCUGCCGUCAAGAGGAUCGUAGCAACUGCUAAGGCCAGUGGGAAGAAGCUGCAGAAGGUGACCCUCAAGGUGUCACCACGGGGAAUCAUCCUGACUGACAAUGUCACCAACCAGCUCAUCGAGAACGUGUCCAUUUACAGGAUCUCCUACUGCACGGCAGACAAGAUGCAUGACAAGGUGUUUGCCUACAUCGCCCAGAGUCAGCACAGCGAGAGCCUGGAGUGCCACGCCUUCCUCUGCACCAAGCGAAAGAUGGCGCAGGCUGUCACCCUCACCGUAGCCCAGGCCUUCAAAGUCGCCUUUGAGUUUUGGCAGGUGUCCAAGGAAGAGAAGGAGAAGAGGGAGAAAGCCAGCCAAGAGGGAGCAGAUGUCCUGGGAACCCACUGUGACAGCACCCCCUCGCGGAAGAGCUUGGUGGCCACCGGGAACCUGCUAGACCUGGAGGAGACAGCCAAGGCCCCGCUGUCCACGGUCAGUGCUAACACCGCUAACAUGGACGAGGCUUCACGGCCUCAAGCCCUGAGCAGCAGUGUUGUCUGGGAGCUGGACGAUGGCCUGGAUGAAGCGUUUUCAAGGCUUGCCCAGUCUCGGACGAACCCUCAGGUCCUGGACACUGGACUGACAGUGCAGGACGUCCACUACGCCCAGUGCCUCUCGCCUGUCGACUGGGACAAGCCUGACAGCAGCGGCCCUGAGCAGGAUGACCUCUUCAGCUUCUGACAGCCUGGGGCAGCAGGACACAACCGCCUCAACAUGUGACAGACCAAAGCCACCUGUGGUGGGGAAGUCUGCUCCAGGGCCCGCUGGCCACUCCCAGCCCGCAACACUGCCAGCCUGCCGGUCAGAGCUGCAGCCAGCCGAGCCGG